GUGGGUACGUGUGUAUCUGGUCCAACAGUUUUCCCUCUAUACGGCUAUUUCCAAACUGUACGUCCAAAGAAGGAUACACAUUUGGAGGGGUACAGUCAGUGGUGACCACAAGCCGGACGCCUCGAAGUGAUAGGACAGCGUACUACCGGCCGGCGACGAGAUUCAUCUUAGCGCGCGGGCCAGGAAGGAAAGAUACGCUCAUAAGAAGGGCUGGAGCAUCUUGAUGUCUUGAAGAUGAAGGAACACAAUAAGGAGCAGAAGACGGUUUCCUUGGACCGCAGCGUGCUGAAUUUCUUCGCGCCGUACGACCGGAGACAAACCCAGGUCGUCCGCGUCUGUAACCCCUCCGACCACCACGUGUGCUUUAUCGUCAAGUCGUGCGCGCCCGGCCGUUGCUAUAGCGACCCGAACAUGGGCGUCAUCGGGCCGAAGUGCUGCAUCAAGAUCACGUUCGAACUGAAGGAGAACGGCUACGACCCGAAGGAGAAAAUCAAACACAAGUUCCAUAUAGAGGUCUUACCCAAACCUGACGGAGUGAACCCAGUCGGCAGAGGAAUGUACGAAGAUCUCUUUAAGAACAAACGUCCCGCAAUCUUACACCUUCGCUGCGCCUUUACCGGCGGGGACCUGUCCGAAGACUCCGACCUUGAGACAGACGGAAGAUUCCAAACCGGGCUCGGGAGGACAUUGAGUUGUAUGAAGCUGCGUCGUAAGAAGCGGUACCGACUCUUCUCGGGAGAGGGCGCUCCUGACCCGGACGAAUUUCCGGGUUUCCAAGGCAACGACGAGUAUCACACGGGUAUGUCUAACUCCGCCUACGACAGCAAAAACGCCAAUCAGGUGGCCAUAGCUGACGUCGUGUCAAAGAACAACAACAUGGCGGCGGAAGAGGAGUUCGAAGUAGAGGACGACGACUCCGACGGUUCUUUCGAUGACAAUAACAUUAACGACAACGGGAACGAACUAAAUCUGAGACUUAUGGAACCGCUUUUAGCAAAAUAAUGUCAACAUUUUUUAGCUCUUCUUAAAUACUUUUUUCUUGUAAUAUCUACCGUUGAUACUUUUUAGGCAUGACAAUGUCGAACACGAUCAGUAAGAAUGAUCAACAAAGACCACUUUUUCAAUGAAAGAAAACAUUGAAUUUCUACAAUCAUGCAUUGGGCUACAGUAUUUGAUCUAUUCGUACUAGUACGCUGUUUUGAAUAUUUUUCUACGUGUGUUUGUUGGAUUACUUGUUAUGUUUAAGCUUCCAAUCGACAGUACAGUUGUAAAAAAAUGCUUUUUUUUCAUACAAACUUUACGACAAUGCUUGUCGUAAUGACAAUUUUCCUUAAUCUCCAAGCAGAUCCUACGGUAGCAUAAGAUAGUAUCAAAAGCUGCCAGAGAAGUGAAGCCGGCUUAUAAGUGUGUAUGCUACAGGACUCAGGAUCCCGUCUGACGCCCUUUGGUCGGCUAUACUCCUUGGCCAGCUUUGAUACUAUCUUACGGCACCGCAGGAUCUGCUUGGAGGUUAGUUUUCCUGACGUGUUGAUCGAUGUGGAACAAUUGCAGAGAAAGCAAGAACGUGAACAAACAAAGGUGCUAUGAACUACACAAUUGAAGAAAAACUUGACUUUAGUGGACAAUGAAAUAGUAGUUAGUAACUAUGGGUAGAUCUGUGGAAUGCUCUGUUAUGACGUGUCUGCUAAGAUUUUGCUAUCCUGUGUUCAAAUAAAGAACGCUUUUCUGAUAACA